AUGGCGACUCCUCAUGACAACACAAGCAAGGCCAUCGCGGCAUUGGACCUUCGGGAGAUCAUCGACCUCAUCAACUUUCAUGUAAAAAUAAAGCGCCAUAUUGUGAAAGCCCUUCGCGUCUGCAAGGCCUGGCACGAAGCUUGGACACCCGUACUGUGGAAGGAUAUUGAAUUCGACUGCAAGACAGACACGUUCCCAACAGCAGAGCUAUUUGCAGAGCGAGGGCAUUUUGUUCGGAAACUGACUCUCGAAAACCCCAAAGACCAUCACCUGGCCAGCAUCAUGCCCUUCCUCGGGAACCUGCGAGAUAUGCGCCUAGACAAUAGUAAGGUCACCAUCGAAGGACUGACACUCUAUAUGAAGGAGCUUGGUGGCAAUACCGAUAGCGGUCGUGAGCACGCCCUGAGGCUCCUUUGUCUCGACAAUUUGUGUAUCGAGGCCUCGGAUCUGGUGCCGGUGCUGAGAGAGUACUGCGGAGGCCUCGAAACUUGGAUGGACGAUGCGGCUGCGGUGAUCAACAGGCGACUUGAGUGUCUCGGACUCGACGAAGUAACCCAGUCCGACAACUGCUUUUUCAAGCUCCUUGGGCGCUGUCCGAAUCUCCAGGCGAUCCAUAUCGCCGUCAACCCUCUUCUUACAAAUGCGGCCGUGUACAGGAUCCCAGAGUUAUGUCCAAAAGUUGAUGAUCUUUGUCACGACUCUAAUUCCAUGGUCACCUCCCCUUCGCUCACACAACUUUUCCAAAGAUCGGUCUAUCCACUAAGACUACAAACCCUCGCCCUAAAUGGCGAUGCUAUGGACGACAGGCUUGUCGAUCACAUCGCGAGGAGCCAAGGAGGAAGUCUCACCGUCUUAAACCUCGCUUACUGCAAUGAGGUGACGGACGAGGGCGUUGAAUCAAUACUGGAACAUUGCUGUCAACUCCAGUCGCUGUCGCAUCUGGAUACAGCCUUCACGACCGCGAUCAUGGAUAGCCCACAGGAACGAUGGAAGUGUUUUAACAACUUGCAAGUCUUGGAUAUCCGAAACCUGGAGCUUCCGCAGGGUAAUGGAAGCCCUACCAAUGAGCUCGAGGAGUUUGCAAAGGUCAAGAGGAGGAUCAUGAUGUUACCGAAGCUUCGGAAGCUGGCGAUGGAUUUCUUCGGGCUAUACGACAAGCUGGUUUUGGGUUUUGGUUGUGGGGAUGGCCAGGGGCCUCGGCUACAGACGCUGGACGCGCACCGGGAUGUAUCCAGCAAGGGACUCAGAGGCGAGGAGUUAGACAGGUUUUUGGAUAACUAUCCGUAUUUGAGGUGCCUGAUCGUGGAUAAGUCAACCCUUAACCAUUGCGAAGAGAUGAUUCCUCGACUUGGCAUGAACGGUGUGAGGUAUGACUCUGCAAGGAGCGUUUCGUGGGCAGAGCAAUAA